AUGUUGUGGAUGCAGAGGAAGAGGAGAAGGAAGACAGAUUCUGAGACUGCACAAGACGAGCAGGAACCACCAGAAAGCGACAAAGCAAGGAAGGAGAGCUGGAUCAAAUCGCACUUUAGCUGUCUUUCCGAAGAGAAGCUGGCUGCCGGCAGCAACCCCACCUGCAGCCACAGCGCCGGGGCCUGCAGCCCCUGCAGCGAUGCUGCUGCCCAGCCUGAGAGCGGCAGCGGGGCGGCCAGCACCACAAUUCGUGUGGAGACCUUCACCACGAGGCAAGGAGAAGAGGGCACAGCUCUUCACCGGGAGCCCUUGACCAGCAAGCAGAGGAUGUCUGGGACCUCAGUGACCAAAGAGACCCACAAGGAGUCUGGGAAAUCCUCUUCCACGGAUGAGGCCAUGUGGGCCGCCGUGGCUGCCUGUACCAAGGAGACUGACACCAAGGGGCAGCAGCUGGCUAUCUCCAUGUUGCAGCGUGCCACGGCUUGCCAGAACUCAGGCUACCUGGAGUCCGAGGACAUCAGCCAGGAGGAGCUGAAGGCCCUCGAGGAGGUGGAGAUGAAGCUGAAAGGGAAUUUCCUCACACAGCAGGAAACCACCACAGCUGGGGCCAACCACACGCACACCUUCCAUAGCCAUUGCCACCAUGGCCACCAGGGUUAUCCAAGCCACCCGAGCCACCCGUGCCACGGCCUGCCGAACAGCAGCCACCAGGCCUACCAGCCCUUUGAAGCCACCUAA